UAAUGCUAACAUAUUAUUGUGUUACUUUUUUCAAGGAACAAAUUUGAAGCUUUGCCAUGAAUGGACAAGUAACUCAACCUAAGUUGGUCAAAGACUGGACUAAAGAACAUGUAAAAAAAUGGAUAACUGAAGACCUUAACAUCGAUGAGAAAUAUGCUCAAAUCUUGCUCAAUGAAGAAGUAACAGGGAUGGUCCUGCAGGAACUAACUGAAAAAGAUCUUAGAGAAAUGGGGUUGCCCCGGGGCCCAGCUCUUCUGAUAAAACGUAUGUAUAACAAAUUGAUUAAUUCCCCUGAAAGUGACAAUCAAGAUUCCAGAAAAUUAAAUGAUACAAAGCUCUCAAUAAAAGAACACCAAAAAAAGACCAAAAGUGAGGAAGAAAAAUCAAUUUCCUCCAGUAAUCAUGAUUUCAGAGAGACAGGGCAGAAUGAAGAACAAGAGGCAAAUCUUAUGAAAGAAAAUGCAUUAAGCGACACAGUGACUAAAGACAUGGAAGGUAAUCAGCCUAAACCAGAACAGAUGCCUUGCAUGCCGUAUCCUUUUAAUUCUUUCCAUGAUGCCAAACAAUACAUAGAACAUGCUAUUCUACGAGUUGCUGAAACAGGACCACUCAAUCUUAUAGACCCAGUACAUGAAUUCAAAGCCUUCACAAACACAGAAACAGCCACACAAGAGGACAUUAAGAUGAAAUUUAGCAAUGAAGUCUUCCGAUUUGCAGCAGCUUGUAUGAAUUCACGCACCAAUGGCACUAUCCACUUUGGAGUCAAAGACAAACCACAUGGAGAAAUUGUUGGUGUCAAAGUCACCAGUAAAGAUGUCUUUAUUAACCACUUCAAUGUAAUGAUGACAAAGUAUUUUGAAGACAGCGACAUCAAGGAAGCCAGGGCAUGUAUACGGGAGCCAAGGUUUGUGGAAGUCCUACUGCAGAACAGCAUGCCAUCUAACAGGUUUGUCAUCGAGGUUGAUGUCAUUCCCAAACAUUCUAUAUGUAAAGAAAAGUAUUUCUACAUCAUGAUGCAAAGUUACGCAGAUAAAACAUGGAAACAAAGCAAAGAUCUUUCAUUGUUUGUGAGAGAAGGAGCUAGCUCCAAGAAUAUCCUGGCCAAUGCCAAGCAGCGGGAUAGAGAGUUCAAACAAUUUCUAGAGAAGCUAAAGAUGUGGGCAGGGUCUAGAAAAGAGGCUGAAGAAGAACAUAGGGUGGUGGUGACUAAGAAAGAGAGUGAAGGACUAAAACUAUCUAAACUUUUGACCAGACACCAAGUCUCACUGGACAAAUCCUUCUAUGACUGGUACAUUCUUGUAACAAAUAAAUGUGCACCAAAUCAAAUAGAGCACUUAGAUUUUAUAAAGGAAAUUAAAUUGUUUGCUGUGCUGGAUUUUGAUCCUUACUCCCGGAUCAAGGGAGUGGCCAAAGCUUACGGAGAAGGCAGAAUAGCAAACCAUCACCUACCCAGUCAGUAUGAAGAAAAAAGUACCAUAGAAGAGAAAAUUUCUACUCUGAAACUUUAUGAGCAGCCCAGCUGGAUCUUCUGCAAUGGCAGAAUAAACUUGACGGGUGAGUCGUGUCAACCUCUGGAGCCACAUUUAUGGCAGAAAGAUAGGGCUUCGGGGGUUAGAAGACUUAUUUCGUUCCUCACAGAUGAAAACAUUACAGUAAAGGGGAAGGUUUUGGUGGUGUUUCUCUUGCUUUCUCCAGUAGAAAACCAAAAGGACCCACUCAUUGAGACUUUCUGCGCUUUCUAUCAAGUCUUCAAUGGAAUGGACAAUAUGUUGUGUAUCUGUGUUAACUCAGAUAUCUACCAACGAUGGUGCGAUUUACUGCAAGUGAGACUGGAAAUCAAAGAUGACUUGGAAGAACAUAGCAUUUCCACUUUAAGUAUAGAGCUGAUCAACAAUACCAUCCUUAAACUGAAAUCAGUGAUUCAGUCUUCACAAAGAUUUUUGCCCUCCUGUGGAUCCUCCUCAGUUAUUCUGGAGAAAAUGGAGGAAGAUAUCCUGACUGCACUGGAAAUCCUCUGUGAAAAUGAGUGUAGGGACACAGACAUAGAGAAAGAUGAAUCUGAAUUCCUGGAAUUUAAAAAAUCGAGAGAAGAACAUUUCUAUCGAGGAGGCAAAGUUUCCUGGUGGAACUUCUACUUCUCUUCUGAAAACUAUUCUUCGGCUUUUGUAAAAAGGGAUAGCUUUGAAGAACUUACUACUUUAAUCCAACAGUGUGCAGACUCUCCUAAACCGAUCUUUGCCAAAGUCAUCAACCUGUACCACCACCCAGGCUGUGGCGGCACCACGUUGGCUAUGCAUGUUCUGUGGGACUUAAAGCACAAGUUCCGAUGUGCUGUGUUGAAAAACAAAGCAACUGACUUUGUAGAGAUCGGAGAACAGGUGAGCAAGCUGUUCAGCUACAAAGCCACCAGCUACCAUGACUACAUUCCCGUUCUUCUCCUUGUGGAUGAUUUCGAAGAACAAGAAAACACCUACAUUCUGCAGAAUGCCAUCAACUCCUUUAUAGCAGAAAAGGGUCUGAGGUACGAAAAGACAUUGGUAAUCAUCCUAAACUGCAUGAGAUCUCAGAACCCAGACAAAAGUGCGAAGUUAGCAGAUAGCAUCUCACUGAAAUACCAACUUUCUCCCAAAGAGCAGAGAGCCUUUGAGGCCAAACUACAGGAAAUCGAAAAGGAACACAAGAACUGUGAAAACUUCUACUCCUUCAUGAUCUUGAAAGGCAAUUUUGACAGAGCUUACAUAGAAAAUGUGGUGAAGAAUACACUGAAAGACCUGGACGCUUACAGCAGGAAGGCCCAGCUCAUUUCUUACCUGGCAUUACUCAACUCUUACGUUACAGACUCUACCAUUUCAGUAUCACAGUGCGAAAUAUUCUUGGGGAUCACUUACACUAGUAAACACGGGAAACCUGAAAGUGUGGAAGACAACAUGGGAACCUAUUCCACACUUCUGAUAAGGACCGAAGUCUCCGAAUGUGGGAGAUACACCGGUAUCCGUAUCAUCCACCCUCUGAUUGCCAUCUGUUGUUUAACAGAACUGGAAAUGAGCUACAGGAUGAGUAAGUGUCAAAUUGCACUGAAUCUGCUAGAAGAAAAUGUAUUCUAUGAUUCUGGAAUAGGACGGGACAAAUUUAAGCAUGAUGUGCAAACUCUCUUGCUUACAAGACAACGCAAGGAGCUUGGAGCCGAAACCGACACACUCUUUUCCCCGUUGAUUGAAGAUCUGCAGAAAGAGGAAACAGAAAAGGUCUUGACCACAGGAAGCGAUCGAUUCCCACAGAAUGCGUUCAUUUGUCAAGCCUUAGCCAGGCACUUCUAUAUUAAAGAGAAGAACUUCAGCACUGCUCUGGUCUGGGCAAAUUCAGCUAAAAGGAAAGCACCCAAGAAUUCCUACAUUUCUGAUACACUUGGUCAAGUUUACAAAAGUGAGAUCAAACAGUGGUUGAGUAAAAAUGUGACCUGUAGAACCAUUAGUGUGGAUGAUCUAAAGCAUUUUCUAGAAAUUGCUGAGAAGGCCUCCAAAGCUUUCAAAGAUUCUCAGCAGCAAACUGAUAGUAAAGACUAUGAAACUGAAGCCUGGUCUCCACAGAAGUCCCAAAGAAGAUAUGACACAUACAACACAGCUGGCUUCUUCGGUGAAAUAGAAGUCGGUCUCGACACUAUCCAACUUCUUCAGCUCACGCCGCUCUUCCACAAAGAAAAUGAAACGUUGAAAGAACCUAUGGUGCAGUUUUUAUCUGGAAAGGGGAUCGUGCCUCCAGACCCAAAAGAUGAGUAUUACGUUGCUCUCAGCAGCUUUACAUCCCACCUACAGAAUUUACAGUCAGAUUUGAAAAGAUGCUUUGACUUUUUCUGGGAUUACAUGGGUCUCCUGAAACCAAGGAAUACCCCCAAAGAAACGACAGAACUCUUGCUAAUUAAGAAAGUUACCCGGUGUUUCAAGAAAUACUCAGACCUUUUCUGCCAGUUGGACCCCAGUUCGUUACAGGGCAAAGAAGACCUGUUAAUUCAGGAAGAGAAUUGUAGGAAACGCAUAGAAGCCUGGAGGGCAGAUACGUUUUCAGGACUCCUCGAAUAUCUCAAUCCAAACCACAAGGAAGUUAACAACAUGGAAAAUAUAGUGAAAGACUACGCCUUCCUGUUGCACCAAAGCCUAAACAAGCGCCUGGUGAAAGGGCUGACGAAAGACACACAGAAUUUCAUUUUGGCCAACAUUAUUCUCAGUUGUCUAAAACCCAGUUCCAAGUACAUCCUGCCAUUCGGCACACUGAAAACAAAGCUCCGAGAGGUCCUGCAGAUUGUGGGACUAAAUCAUUCGCACCCUGAUCCUUACUUCCUGGCCUGCCUCCUGUUCUGGCCAGAAAAUAAAGAACUAGAUCAAGACUCCGCCUUGAUAGAAAAAUAUGUCUCCUCCCUGAAUCGAUCAUUCAGGAGACAGUACAAGCGCAUGUGCAGGUCCAGGCAGCCAAGCACCCUCUUCUACCUGGGCCAGAAGAAAGGGCUUCACAGUCUCGUUCACAAGGCUGAAAUCGAGCGGUACUUCAGCGAGGUGCAAGAUUCAAAUUCCUUCUGGCAAAGUGGAGUCGUGUGGGAAAAAAGAGAGCUCAAAGACCUCCUCCGCCUACUGGAUGGCCAGGCUGAAGGCAAGCUAAUCUCUGUGGAAUAUGGGACAGAGGCAAAAAUAAAAAUACCAGUGACUUCUGUGUAUUCGGGUUCGCUCAGAAGUGGGAGGAACAUAGAGAGAGUGUCCUUCUACCUAGGAUUUUCGAUUGAGGGCCCUCUGGCAUACGGCAUAAAAGUAAUCUAAGC